UCCUUUUUUUCCACGAUGUGGCUCUUGGUCGUCUUGGCGUGCUUGGUGAUUUGGGCAGGGGGGACCUACUGGUACUUGUUCGGGAAGCCCAGUCCUUUCUCCCUGGACUCGGUCAGGCCUCCUGGACCUCGAGAGUUUGACCAGAAAAAGAGGGACAAAGUCAUCAAGCAAGGUUUCAGCGCUGACAAGGUGCCCGAGAACCUGGACGUCAUAGUGAUCGGCAGCGGAAUCGGCGGGCUGGCGGCGGGCGCCACCUUGGCCAAGGCGGGCAAGAAGGUUCUGGUUCUGGAGCAGCACGACCAGGCGGGCGGCUGCUGUCACACCUACGUGGAGAAAGGCUUCGAAUUUGACGUUGGCCUCCACUACGUCGGCCAGCUCCAUGAGAACAGCCUCCUCCGCAUCAUCUUUGACCAGCUGUCUGAGGGACAGCUGGAGUUCCAGGAGCUGAACCAACACUUUGACACCAUCCAGAUCGGCCUGGGGGACGACAAGCGGGAGUACAGCAUCUUCUCCGGGAAAACGGAAAUGAAGGCUCACCUCUUGAAGCAAUUCCCCGACGACACCGAGGCCAUCGAGAGCUUCUUCCAGAUCAUGAAGGUCUCAGCCAAGAAGACUCACUACCUGGCGACCCUCAAGCUCCUCCCACAGUGGCUGUCCUUGUUCCUGUUGAAGUCAGGAAUCGCAGACGCGGCCUCGUCGGUUUUCCGCCUCUCUGGAACGUGUGCCACGGACUUGGCGAACAAGCUGACCGCCAACAAAGACCUCCACGUCAUCUUUUCCUACCUAUUCUACGGCGUGCCUCCAAAGGACUCCAGUAUCCUGAUCAACGCCCUCCUGGUCCACCACUACAAGCGAGGUGCGUACUACCCCAAAGGUGGCGGUAGCGAGAUCGCCUUCAACAUCAUCCGCACCAUCCAGAAACACGGGGGCACCUGCCUGGUCAGAGCUCCGGUCUCCCAGGUCCUGGUGGACCACAAGGGGGUGGCGUACGGGGUGACGGUGAGGAAAGGCGGGAAGGACGUGGAGGUCCAUGCUCCUGUGGUGGUCUCCAACUGCGGCAUCUUCACCACCUUCCAGAAACUUCUUCCUCCUGAGAUACAAGUCAAACCAGACAUCCAGGAGAGGCUGAACAUGAUGAAACACGGCAGAGGUUCCUUCUUGGUCUUCUCUGGUUUCGAUGGCACUGAAGAAGAACUGGGUCUAGUUUCCACCAACUUCUGGCUCUUCAAAAACAACGACAUGGACAAAUCGAUCUUUGACAAGUGUCACUAG